AUGUUCAACGCACCUCGCCCCGCUCAAAGAUACGUCGCAACGUCAACCACCGGCUUUGGAGGGAGCUUUGUCGACGAGAACCCGCUUGCCAACUCCGUCUAUGAUGACGGACUUGACCCAUGGAGCGCUGCACCAAGCCCGACACCAACACCCAUUCCCCAAACGUCUGCUUCGGUAUUCAGCAAUGUCAUUGCAGAUGCCACUGUUCCGUCGAUAUAUCACCGCGCUUUUGCUACAGUGGAUCCAAGCAAUCUCGGGGAAACAUCCGUGAACUCCCUUUCGCGAGUCUUGGCGACUUCAUCUCUUCCAGCUGCUACCGUUGACAAGAUUGUAAAUUUGGUUAGCUCAAAACCACGAGUGUCUAAACUCGAGUUCUUUGUUGCGCUAGCUCUUGUAGCACUUGCGCAAGCAGGCAAAGAUGUCAGUAUUGAACAGGUUGCCUCGCUAUCAACUCAGAACACUUUGCCUGAGCCCACGCUUGACCUUGCCAAACUGCAGUCGACGUCAGCUUUCAACCCUAUCACAUCCAAUUACAGGCAGAAUAGCAUCCGCUCACCGGCGCCCGCAUACUCCUCUGACGAUCCAUGGAGUACAAACCCACGCUUUCCUUCUGCUCCAAGCAAUAACGGCGUUUUUGGGAACGCAGCCGGCGGUUUCGUUAAUGGCGCUCCAUCAAACUUGUCUGGCUCUGGAAUGCCGAAAGAUUGGUGGAAGAAGCAAGAGACGGUCAAGGUCACCAUUCUUGGUCACCAGGGUUUUAUUCUGAACAGAUACUUGGUCUACGAAGUAACGACUGAAAGGGGUGGAUCGGUACCGCGGAGAUACUCAGAGUUUGUUUUUCUCUGGGAGUGCCUGACCCGUCGUUACCCAUUUCGCCUGUUUCCUGCCCUUCCUCCAAAGCGGAUAGGAGCGGACGAACAAUUUCUGGAACAAAGAAAGAGAGGCCUCUCCAGAGCUCUCAGCUUUGUAAUAAAUCACCCCGUCAUUAAAGAGGAUGGUUUAUUGGCCGUCUUUCUCACUGAGCCGUCAUUCGAAGAGUGGCGAAAACAUUCCCCAAUUUCAUUAGACGAGGAAUCAGCCUCCAAACGCGUUGAUAGAGUAGAAGAGAUGUCGAUCCCGAGUGAUUUGGAAGAGAAGCUCACUGCUAUACGAGUUAGACUCAACCCACUUAUCGAACAGUGGCAAAGGAUAUGUAUUCUUGCGGAGCGAAUAAUAAAGAGACGUGAAGCUGCUGCGGUACGAUCACCUCCAGCCUUCCGACGAUCCUACCUCUCCGCUCAUUUUACCUUGCCUCCUCUUUCUCCAACAUCCUCAAUCGCAUCACUACCCGGCUCCGCACCGUCCGUUAUGUCGAAUUCAUUCCAUCAAUCAUUUACCGGUUUCUCUUUACCACCCUUGGACGAUCAGGGAGAUCUAGCCAGAUUAACAAAUACUCUCCGGGCGGUCGUUGAAGUUAAUGAACAGUGUUGGAGAGGAGACGACUGUGAACUGUCGAAUGGCGUUCGGAGCGGAUUGGAACAGGUCGCGGCGCAUACACAACGACAUUCUGAAAUGUCGGAAAUUAGAACCCGAAGCCUGCUCGAUACAACGCUGGAGUCUCUCAAGGGUCAGCGUGACUUAUACAUUGCUACUCGCGACUUGUUCCUUCGUCAUGAUCGACUUUCGAUCGAUCAGGUUGAACGCCUGAAGAAACGCAUUGAUAUGAACUCGUUGAAGUUGGACGGUAUAAGGGCAGCCCAGAAGGAAGGAUGGCAAGACGAGGUCGACAAGUUGGCUGCUGUUAUUGAGAAAGACCAGGCAACAAUCGCGGCUCAACUGAGCAGAAGAGUCUUUAUUCGUGCCUGCAUGUGGCACGAACUCCGCGGAGUCUUGCACAACCGGGAAAAUACGCUGCUCACUCAAACGGUGAAGAGCUUCGCUCGCGAAGAACAGGAAUUCGCGGAGAAUGUAGCGAAUGUAUGGCUAUCCCUUGGAGAGGCUACAGAAAACAUGCCUUACGAAUGA